GUGUCGUUACAUAAUUUCUACGGAACAUUAUCGAGAAAUGAAUUAUCUACACAGCCUUCCCACACCAUGAGCGUUUUGAUUAAGCAUGAAGCAAGGAGUCAUCGCGCAAUAAAGACACAAUGGGACGAAAGAAACCGAAACGGACACAACGACAGAAAGCUAAAGCUGUAACUGGUGAUGAGCCAUCGGAAAGAAACGAUGAGCCGUCAUCUUCUUUAUUGGGAGCAACAGGACAGGCAUCAGUUGAAACAGGAGAGUCAUCAGUUGAAACAGGACAGCCAUCAGUUGAAACAGGACAGCCAUCAGUUGAAACAGGACAGCCGUCUGCUGAACUGUCAGGGAUAGGACAACAUGAUGCUGAACCUGACAUCCAAACGGACAAUGUGAGUGUAGAUAAUGUGCAAUCCGACAGAGGGAACAGGUCAGAAAUGGAACCAAGACUAAUGGGAAAUGAAGAGAACACAUUGAGUCGUACACCAGUCAAUCAAAAAGGUGGAAAGAAGCAGAAGGGCAAGAAGAUGGGCCUGACUGACUUCCUGUCCGGGGAGAGGGAGAAGGGGCGCCCGCACACAACGGGCAAGAGCCCGCCGGGCCAGCCUGAGGAGCCCGCCAAGCUGUUACCAGCCCCACUGCCCAAGGAGAAUAUCUGGGAGAAGAGAAAGAUUGCGCAGGUAUCAGACACUGUGACUAGUCAGCCAUCUGAUGCCAGGGCUCCCCCUGCUCAGUCAGGGAACAGUGAGACUGGUUCAAAUAAGAAGCCACCAACUGAAGUGACAAACCUGAGAAAACCCGAGAACCAGCCGGCAUCUUCACUUUCCCAGGCAGCUUCUAGUCGUCAAGAGGCCAAGAAAGAGUUUGUGUCUGCAGAGCCACCCAAUGAGAAUCCCUCGACCCAGGGCAGACAGGACACAGAUGGUGUAAUAAGAGGUGGAGCUUCACGUCCAAGUCCAAGUUUUGAACCCCCAUCUGGAUCAGCUCCGGGACCUCUCCCUAAACCCUGGGCUGGGAUAGAAGGCCCCACCACAGGGGCAAAGAGGGGCAGGGGACGUGAAGACAGGGGCAGAGGGGCCCCCCAGGGGAGAGGCAGAGAGCAGCAGUACAGGUAUGGUAGUGAAUAA